AUGAUUAUGCAUCGGCUAGCCGUUCAGCGGACUGCGGUGGUCCGUCCUGGGGCGCUCGUUCGUUUGCAAGUUGGAAAGAGACCGUCGAACUCAAUUGUCACACAGAUUCGCAAGACAGAGAGCGGUACGCGGCCGCUUCAUGUUAACGACAAGCGAAAGGCAACGUUAUGCUCGUCCACCUCAGCGGACCGGGGAGGCGCCCUAGUCGCUACCCGCGAUAUCCCUGAAGGCCGCCUUUCGUAUGAAGAUGAAGGCCCUGUCGCCAGCGGCUCGUCCGUUGCGACUCGGUUCGUUCCAGCGGGCAUGCUGUCUCGCGAAGAUUCCCAGAUCAGGGACUCCCAGAUCAGUCCGUCAGUCCAUCGCGAUGUACCCGAGGGGAUGCUGUCCCGUGAGGAGCUCAGCGACACGGAGCGCGAGUCGGAUCAGCGCCAGUUCAACUGGUUCCAGCAGUGGUACCCGGUGGCCGCCCUGGACGCACUCGACCCCACCAGGCCGCACGCCUUCACCCUCCUGCAUACCAAUCCCCACCUGCACCGCAACGCCACCGUGGGCCAGGAUCUCGUGUUGUGGCGGGAUGGCUCCGGCCGGUGGAGGGCGUUCAAGGACGCGUGUCCGCACAGGCUAGCCCCGCUGUCCGAGGGCCGCAUUGAGAAGGACGGCACCCUGCUGUGCGCGUACCAUGCAUGGAGGUUCGACGGAUCGGGGGCUUGUACGGCAAUGCCGUUCUGCAGUCCGGACGACCCAGGUCGCCGCAACCCCCGCAGCUGCGCCGUGUCGUACCCCGCCCUGGAGCGGGGGGGCCUGCUGUGGGUGUGGGCGCAGGGGGGCCCGGGGGCGGAGGAGGCGGCGGCAGCCAAGCAGCCGCCGGUGCCGCCGGAGGUGCAGGAUGACGGUCGGCCUCGUGCCGGAGUGACCUGCAUGGGCGACCGCUACAAGGACCCCCGGCCCUUCCAGCUGGAGGUCACCCUGCCGCCUUCCCUGGAGGAGGGCUUCAAGGUACAUUUGCCCAAUUCGAAGUCUGAGACCGUUCGGGAGGCAUACACCGACUUCACCCCCCCCGGCCUGGUCAGGAUCCAGUCGGAGAACCGGGACGGCAGCCGUACUAUUCUUGCGCUGUUCAGUACCCCCAUAAGGCCCGGAUGGACACGGCUGAUCAUGGUCUCCUCCCCCGACAACGAGGGGGGCGGGAGGAGUGUGGUGGGCUUCGUGGGGUCCAAGAUGCUGCCCGUCUGGCUCGCCCACCUGCUGGGGCCUCUCUUCCUGCACCAGGACCUUUUGUUCCUGCACUACCAGGAGAGAGCCGUGAUGCGGCAGCAGCUGGAGAGGAAGCUCAAGCAACAGCAGCGGCAGCAGCGGGAGGGGGAAGAGGCGGCCGCGGCCAGUGAUGUGGAAGGCACGGACCUGUCCCUGCCGCCGCCCCAAUACUUCACACCAGGAACUGCAGACAAGGCUGUUGCGGCCUGGUGCACCUGGCUGACCAAGUUCGCUGGUGGGGACGUGACGUAUGCACCCGCCGGUAACGGUGUUCUCUCCGUGGUGCUUCACGCGGCUGGCUGGCUGGUGGGCUCGUGGGAGGGGCUGGGGCUGCUGGUGGUGGCGGCUGUGGCGGCGGGGGUGGUGCUGGUGACGACCAAGCUCGAGCAGAUGAUGCACAAGUACGAGUUUUCACAUGCGGACAAUCACUGA